UUUUAACAAACAGAAAAUAUGAACAAGUCAAAGUACAUGUACAAUAUCAUUCUGUUGGAUAGCAAGGUAUCUGACUUAGUACAUGUCAAAAAAAUUCUAGGGACAAUUUUACAAAAUGUCGGAUGAUCAGUAUUAUGCAUCUGAGGAUUCAGUAGUAAUGAACUGUGAUCCGUGUCAGUUUGAGGGAAUACAGAAAGAUGCUAGAGCAUUCUGCCAGGAAUGUAAUGAGUAUUUAUGUAAACAAUGCUUGAAGUCUCAUCGAAAGUUUCAGGUGUUUCGGCAUCAUUUCAUUCUUCAAGGAGAUUCUAUGCCCAGGACCAGAGAGGAAACCAAACCGAAGUUGGCACUCAAGCUUUGCGAUGACCACAGGAUGAAUGAAGUGCAGUUUUACUGCAGCACACACAAAUCUGUGUUAUGUACUUUAUGCAAAAUGACAAGACAUUCAACUUGUGACUGUGAACUGAUAGAUGACAUUUGUGAAAAGGAUGAUCAAGCUAAGUUUCAUAACGUUGCUAAAGAAAUUGAAGUCAUCAAGACUGAAUUUGAAGAGCUUAAAAGCGUUCAAAUAGAGGCAAUUGAUUCUACAACAGCCAACUCAAAAAGUCAGAGAUCACAGCUAGAUUCUAUUAGGAAAGAAAUGAAUGAUUAUUUUGACAAACUGGAAAAUGAAAUCAAAGAAGGGGAAAUUCAGGAGAAGUCUUAUGUUAAAGAACUAAGGGAAAAUGUUGCUAUGUACACUGAUGUAAUUAACAAUUUGGCCUCUCUUAAAGAGCAUGCUGAUCAUGUUUCAAAUUCAAAUGACAAAUUGGCCAUCUUUGCAGCUAAAUCUAAACUUGAAAAGAUCCAUUUAGAAUAUACAACAGUAAAGAAUACCAUUACACUCAAGCCAAAGACAAGGAAAUCUUGGGAAGUUAUGCAGAAGUUGCUGACAGUAAAAGAAAUAUGUGAUAACAUUAAAAAGAAAAUGAAUGUACAAACAUCUGAAGAGAAAAAUGCAGAAGAAAUAGAAAAUAAAGAUGCAGGAAUCAGUAUGAAUGAAAUGGAAGCCAACCACAAACAGUACAGUGACAACUCUAAAGAAGCCACUAGCACUAACGACAAAGUUAAGGAAUCAAAUGCAAAUAAACCAGCUGGAAAUGAUGUGUCAAUACAGCAAGACCUUCCAGAGGAAAAACCAAGUCAUCUAAUAAAAGCCAAUGCAAGAAAGAAAGCUGAAUCACAAAAGCAAGAUAUGCUAUUUGAAAAUUUACGAAUCAAGAACAUCAUCUAUAAAAACAUUAACUUUGAAAUGAAUGACUCUACUUCUGAUGUAACUGGUUCCCUGUUUCUACCAGGAGGUUCCCUUAUUUUAUGUGAUCAUGCUAAUUCAAAGCUGAUCCUUCUAGACAAAGAAUUCCAGUUGCUUCAUCAACUCUACUUUAAAGGUAAUCUUUGGGAUGCUGCUCUUGUCAGUGCAAAUGAAAUCAUUGUAACGCUGAAAUCUAAGAAGUUACUGCAAUAUAUCAAAGUAGAGUCUGGGAAGUUACAUGAGGGCAUGCAUAUAAAUCUAAAAAGGGUGCCCUGGGGUAUUGCUGUUUACAAGAAUAAUAUACUAGUAACAUUUCAUGAAAACCCAGGAAACGGUAUGAUUGAGGUUCGUGACAGACAUGGUAAAAUUUUACGACAUAUAGUAGCUGAUGAGAAUGGGGAUGACCUUUUUAAAUCCCCUUACUAUGUAGCUGUUAAUCAACACAAUGGUGACAUUUAUGUCACUGAUGGUAGAAAAAAUAGUAUAACCUGUCUGACAUUUGAAGGUAAACUUUUGUACAAAAUAGAGAGCGAGGAAUUUAAAUGGCCAAGGAAAGUGAUCCUUGAUGAUCAAGGUAACUGCUUAUUGUGUGCAAGCUUAGCAAAUAAAAUACUGCUGAUAAAGAACAAAUCAAAAUCUCCACUUCAAUCAAAGGAGGAGAAAAAUGACUUUAGGGUAUGGCUGAAGUGCAAUCGUCCUCAAACUGUGUCUAUCAGAUGGGAAGAUCAAACAAUAAUUGUUGGUGUUCAUGCAAACAGCAUGAUACUAGUGCUCAAAUAACUGUGAAAAUAAUAGUGUACGGUAAAUAACUGACAGUGUGUAAAUAAUUGUUGUGGUAAAAAGUGGUGCAAAUAAAGUUGUAAAUAAUGAUUGUAGUAAAAUGGUGUAAAUAACAGUUGCUGUACAUGAAGGUAUAAAUAAUGGUGUAAAUAAUGGUUGUUGUGAAAGACUUUUUCUUGUGUUUGAUGUUGUACUCACACAAUUCAGGUCACAUGACAAAUUUAAUGUUUUAACUGACCAGAGAAGACACCCCCCAUGUCCCUCCUGGAAUUGUUUCUAGCAUGGGCAGACAUCGUCCUUGUGCAAGCUAGCUAGAUGGAUUCCUCUCUUAUAACAACCUGAGAAGUUAAGAUACAAGGAAAAGUAUCUAUUGUAUAAAUUCCACAUGAUAACAUGUUUGAUAAUUAUGAUUUUUUUUCAUUAAAAUGUUUCAAUACAAAAAAUAUUUCUGUAUAUCAUUGCAGUAUGGACUAAACUCCUAUCAUAAACAACCUUUUUGAGUUCAACGAUGCAUGACAACCAUAACAAUCAAACGAUAAUAUAAACAUGCUGUCGUUUAAAUUAUCAUGUGGAAGUAGUAUUAUGCCUUUGGAUAUGUGUUUGUAUAUAUCUUCUUUGAACAUAUUUAUACAUAUGAUAAAGGCCUGUUUAUCUAUCAAAUGAAUACUUACUCAUUGAAAUUUAUGCAGAUUGCACAUGUGUGCAUAAUAUGCACAGCCAUCUAAAUUAUAUUGAUGCACUUUUUUGGAAACAAUGAUGUCCUCCCAAAUUUGUUAAAAAUGGUGCGUUCUGAAGAGUGGCUUUUGAUAUAAACUUA